UACGUUUACUUAAACCAGAAUUUCUUAAAAUGUUAGUGAAUUCAUGUCUUCAUAACUUCCCGGGCUUUCGAUUGAAUAAUUGACGUAUUCGUGGGUAAUGGGUACGCAUGCGUCGUCAGAUCAGCGAGAAGUGAGCUGCGAUAUUGCUUCAAAGCCUGCACUGCGAGGACAGCAGUCUAGAAUAGCAGUCGUCACCGCAUGGAAAAGUCGACUUCUAGAGACACUUGUUAGUGAAUUUUUGAUCGUGUUCGCAUAAGAUUCUUCUUGCUCGCUGUAAGAAAAGUCACGGGUACUUCCCAACUAAGUUAGCAUGCAUCGUGGCCAGCUGAAUGGCAGUUCGUACACUGCUUUGGGAAAGGUGUACAAUGAUACAACUCUUCCUAACAAUAAGGGGGGUUAUAAGAAAAUUCUUCAUCUUGGUGGAGCUGCAAAGAAGUUAGGACCAUUACUGUAUAGGAAACAUUGUGAAAUGAAUGAACCUUUAACCGAAAAUCAAAUCUUGGACGUGGAGAACAAUCGCUUGAAGAUGCCUUCUCUUAAUGCUGAAGAAACUGCCCUACUCAGCAUGGACGACAUCGAGCUGAAGAACAUUCAGCUGCAGUUCCCGAGUGCACGUCGCUUCAGCGGCGAGGGCGGGUGCGUCGAGAUUCGCGUGCGCACCGACCGCUGUGAUAUACAGGUGGCUGUGCAGGGCGACCGCUCCAAGCCCGCUAUCAUCACCUACCACGACAUUGGGAUGAACUACAUCUGUUUCCAAACGUUCUUCAACUACGUUGACAUGCGCGCGCUUCUCGAGAACUUCUGCGUGUACCACAUAAAUGCGCCGGGCCAAGAGGAAGGCGCGCCUUCGCUACCUGAGGAUUACCUCUACCCAACAAUGGAUGAGUUGGCGAAUCAGAUAAACUACGUGCUUGGCCACUUCGGCAUCAAGACUUUCAUCGGCUUCGGCGUCGGCGCAGGCGCGAACAUUCUCGCUAGAUUCGCUCUCGUUCACCCGCAGAAGGUGGAUGCUUUGACCUUGAUCAAUUGCACCUCAAGCCAGGCCGGAUGGAUCGAGUGGGCUUACCAGAAGAUGAACUCCCGCUCGCUGCGCGCCCGCGGCAUGACCCAGGGUGUCCUCGAUUAUCUCAUGUGGCAUCACUUCGGCAGGUUCGCCGAGGAGCGCAACCACGACCUGGCGCAGAUGUACCGCGGAUACUUCACCCGCCACGUGAAUCCGACCAACCUGUCCCUGCUGAUGGAUUCCUAUGUGCGCCGCACUGAUCUGAACAUUUCCCGCGAGGGACACACCAUCCGCGCCCCGGUGCUCAACAUCACUGGUGCUUUGUCUCCUCAUGUGGAUGACACCGUCACCUUCAAUGGACGCCUCCAGCCUACCAACUCCACUUGGAUGAAGAUCUCUGACUCUGGUAUGGUUCUUGAGGAGCAACCGGCCAAAAUAUCCGAAGCUUUUCGCCUCUUCUUGCAAGGCGAGGGGUAUGUGGCGCCACUGUCACCCACGAAGAUCGUAGCGUUCCGCCGACUGUCGGCGGACGCGGGCCGGCGCCGCUGCCGCCACUCGCCCGUCAUCCGCAUCACCGAGAAUCCCAUCUCGGAGGCAGUGGUCUGCUAAAUGCCAUCACCAAAUAAACCCCCUCCCCUUCUAGACGCACCCCUCGCCCGUCGCGCUCCGAUGUUCGAUCGUGGAAGUUUAUCAAUCGAUGUCUAUCAUAUACCCCCGCUAAUUUAGAAUCGCGCGACUCGCGCUGUAUACCCUCUUAGGCUAUACCCGCUAUACACAACAUAAAUUUCCACGUACGCUCAUCAAUUGAAUGGUGUCCGAAAUCGAAAUCGAUUUCAGACGUUGUGUACAUAUCGAGGCAAAAACUGCCUUUUAGAAUGAAUAUGUUAU